CCACUUGGGCACUUCCUUCAUAAAGUGAUGGAUAUCAUCUUCAGGGGAAAUAAAGGCAGUAAAACUGUUGCAAAGAAGGUGUUGUUGGAACAAUUGACUUCCUCUCCUUGGAACAACUUUUUCUUCAUGAUGUAUUAUGGAUUGGUGGUUGAAGGAAGGCCAUGGGGUUUAGCCAGAAGUAAAGUUAGAAAGGAUUACCCGAACAUUCAAUUGACUGCUUGGAAGUUUUGGCCUAUAGUUGGCUGGAUAAACUACCAGUACAUGCCUCUGAAGUUCCGAGUUCUGUUCCACAGUUUCGUUGCCUCCUGCUGGGCCAUCUUCCUCAACCUGAAAGCAAGAUCCGGUGCAAAUAAGGGCACGUAG